AUGCCAAUGUUCGGUAAGUCACAGAAAAGUUCUCAACAAUUGGUAAAGAAGCUGCAGGAGGUGGUCAGCCUGUUGGAAUGUGCUGACAAGAAGGCCGUAAAGGCGGCGGAAAAGGAAGUUACCAAACACUUGAUACUCGUCAAGAACAAGUUGUACGGUACGUCCGAUAUUGAGCCGCCGACCAACAUCGUUGUGUCUCAGCUGAUCCACGAAUUAUAUAGCACAAAUCUGCUACUACUUUUGAUACGGAACCUGAACCGCAUUGGAUUCGAGAGCAAGAAGGACGUGACAAAAAUCUUUAACAAUGUGCUCCCAAGGCAGAUCGGUAUCCGUUUGCCUACGGUGGAAUAUAUCUGCGCGAAUCCGGAAAUUUUGGUCACAUUAAUGAUCGGCUAUGAGCAACAUGAAAUAGCUCUUAACUGCGGCUUUAUGCUGCGCGAGUGCGCUCGGUACGAGGCGCUCGCCAAAAUUAUGCUCAACUGAGACGAAUUUUUCAACUUUUUUCGUUACGUCGAAGUGUCAACGUUCGACAUCGCUUCGGAUGCUUUUUCAACCUUCAGGGAGUUGCUUACCCGUCACAAGAUAUUGUGUGCCGUGUUUCUCGAACAGAACUACGAAAAGAUAUUCAUCCACUGCCAGGACCUGCUCAGCUCGAAAAAUUAUGUUACGAGACGGCAAAGUCUUAAGCUACUUGGCGAAAUUCUAUUCGAUUCGCACAACUCGACGGUGCUGACGAAUUACAUCUCCAACCCGGAACACUUGAAACAGAUAAUGAACAUAUUGAAGGACAAAUCAGCCAACAUACAGUACGAGGCAUUCCACGUAUUUAAGUUGUUCAUCGCUAACCCUGACAAGCCCAAUCCGAUACUCCACAUACUGCUGCGUAACCAGGAGAAGCUGGUACAUUUUUUGACGCGUUUUCUCGCCGAUCGUCCAGAUGCCGAGCAGUUCAAUGACGAGAAGGCUUACUUGAUCGACCAGAUUAAGCAGUUGAGUUGGACUCCUAAACAAUAG